CGUUCGCGAGCAAAGUCCUGGAUAUGGUGCUUUCGAAUACUCAACUGCAUCAACACUGUUACAGACAAGGCAAUCUGAACUUUCGACUCAGCAUAUACACAACAGAGAAAAUCUUCCAGACAAUAUAACUCCUUCAGAGUCAAUGAGAAGGCGUCUUGAAACAAAUAAUAGGCAGCAGACAGACCCAGGUUAUUUCUUCUUCAACUACUUGACACCAUCACAGAGGCUUGAGCAGGGGCAGAAACAACAUCAGCUUCCUAAUGGCAAUACAAGUGUCACAGAUAAUACAACAGUGCCUCAGUCUUCCAGGAGCCAGCAAGGAUCUGAAGGAGGGAGUGAAAGUAGUCCUGGAUAUGGAGUUUUUGAUUAUACUACACCAUCACAGCUGAUGUGGGCGAGAGAGAAUACACCAUCAGGCAGUGGACUUGUUUCUGAUGUUUCUGGGGCAAGACCUCUUGUUCCAGGCCUUGGGACAUUUUCAUAUACUACUCCCUCACAACUUAGGAUGCAGACCCAACCGUAUCCCCCUGAUUGCCGGGAAAAUAGUGAAUCAGGCCUCAUACAGACAGCUGGUAACAAACCUGGAACCAAGCAGGAUUUGGAUCCUGCUCUGAGCGAUAUCACAACAUAUUUCAGAAGAUUAUCAGACAUGCUGAUAAAAGCAUUCCCAUAUUCGGAAUCUUACAGUGAACCGGAAUUCAUAAAACAACACCCAGAUUCUUCUAGAAACAGAUUUUUUCCUCAAGGCACAGACAGCAAUUCAGACUCUGGACAGAGACAACCAAUGCCAAGUCAACCCCUCUCUGUCACUGGCUCUACAUCUUCAAAUAAAACCUUCAGACCAUCUACAGGCAUGUCCACAGACUCUGGUUUUGGACAUUCAAGCAGAGAUUCUGUAUCUUCUCUGAGCUAUCCAGAUUCUGUCUUAACUCCAAGAGAAUCUUCUUUAAGGGUGACGUCUAAUCUCAGUUUUGAGUCUUACUCUGAUGACGAACUUCCUGCAGAAGAAAAGAGGACAAUCCCAAAAGGUCUGCAUUCAGCUUUGUCAGCAAAUGAAAUAUUCUGGGAACUAUUCAAUGCCAACCCAAGCCUAUCCCUGCAUGUGCUGGGUGCUGAGUUUGACACAGCCGUGCAGGCUCUGAACCAGCUAUACGAUAGCUAUUGUUCUGGAAAUCCAUCUUCUCCUCCUAUCCCUGCAUACCCUGUUGUCCCAAGAGGACCAGUGUCAGCCUCUGCUCUGUCUACUGCAUCUGUCAACCCUGCUGCACCCUCUUCCUUCCAAAUGAAACCAGACAUGCAUACAAGUCAGGACAACUUUGCUAUGGAGGAGUCAAGACCAUGUGACAUUCAGCACAAGAUGUCUUCCUCCAUGUCCAUCAGCCCCCGUACAGCUGCAUCAGAUAUGCGCAGCUUCAUGGUGGAGAAGGAGAAGAUGGAGAGCCAGAUGCGGAAGCUGCAGGUGGAGAACUCGACCCUUGUGACAGAGAACAAGUUGAUGAAGGAGAAGUUCAACAGGGCCUCCGCCAAAGUUGCUGAUCUGGAACAAAAGCUGACCACUGCCCACAAUGAGAUGGACAGCCUCCAAACCAGCAUGACUACAGAGAUAUCUACCCUGUAUGACAAGACAAGAUCUGAAACACAGCGAGACAUGGACCAGUUUCAGACCAGGAUAGUCUCCCUUACACGCCAUAAUGAAACUCUACAGGCAGAGGUGCUGAGUCUGGAGAAGCAGCUUGAGUCCUCCCAGAGAGAGUCUGAUGCUAUCAGGGCCCAUGCUGAGAGAUCCAGGGCCAUUGAAGCUUAUAAGCUGGAGGCUAAUUCACUUAAGACUGAGCUGGAUCAUGUGAAGAUGCUGCUUCACCAGAGUGAGAGUCAGGUGAAGGCUGAGAUCGACCGGGCCCAGAACGCCCAGCUCCAGGUUGUGAAACUCACCGAGAUCAGGAAUCUUCUUCAGCAGCAGAUAGACUCAGGAGGAAUGGGGUCAUCUGUUGCUGAGAAACAGGUGCAAGCAUUAGAGCAGCGACUUCGAGUAACGGAAGACCGACUGCACCAGGAGAGAGCUGAUCGGGCCAACAGCCUCUCCACAGUGGAAGAGAAACUCUUAUCUGAGAAUGCUCGUUUACAGUCAUCAGAGAAAGGGCUGACACGGCAGCUCCAGCGAGAGAAGGACAAAUCACGGAACCUGGAUCAGAGAUGCCGUGAAUUGAAGGUUGAGAACGAGAACCUUCGUCUCUCAGUCCCCCUCGACGACACCUACCUCAUCAACGAUAACACCAACAUUCCAUGCAACAAACAAUCCUCACAGAAACAGGAGCAAAAGAAGGUCUCCGACAUCAAGUUCAUCCUGUCUGAGAUGGAAAAGCAGGCUGGACUGACCGCAGACCAGGAGAAGGAGAUCAUCUGUCAUCUGUGGAACACUUGUGACUCUGCGCAACGGCAGCUGCAGCAGUGGGAGCUGCAUCUGGUGGACCUGGAACUGUGUGGGGAGGAUGUGGAGCAAGGGCUGCAGAACCUGCGAGAGAUGAAGGGGGAAUAUGAGAACAAGCUGCAUCAAGUGGAGGAGAAGAUUGAAGAUGUCCGCUCCGAGAAGAUGGCCUUUGAAAACACAUACAAGGAGCAGCUGUCAGUACUGGUGAAGGAGAAGCAUGAGGCAUGUGCUCGGCUCCAGACGCUGGAGGACAUGAUGGAAGCCAUGAAGAAAGAGAAUGACAUGCUACGAUUCAGCCUGGCCUCAUCAGCUCCUGAGUGUAAUGCAGAGAAAGUUUCGGCACAAAAUGAAGCCCGUGUGGAGUCCCUGACUCUAGAGAUCCAGAACCUCACAGGGCAGACAGCACAGCUCCACAGGAACAGCCAGCAAAUGCAGACAGAAAUUGAAACAUUGAGGUCACAGCUGCAGUCACGGGACCAGGAGUUGCAAGAGACCAGGUCGCAGCUGGACAUUGCCCAAAGCCACCACACUGACGAUUCAGACAACAGGAGACAACACAAGAUUGACCAACUCGUGGCUAAGGUUAGCAGUUUGCAAGAUGAAGUCAAGUCACUUAGUGACCGCCUGGGCAGUGUUAAAGUGGAAAACACUCACCUGGAGAAACAGCUGGAGGAUGCCAACAGGCAGCUGACCCUCACCAAGUCCAGAUCCAGGGACCUGAUGGCGGCAGGGACCACUGAGGCCAAGGUAAGAGUUUUGGAGGCCGAGAUGGCACAGAAGGAGAGGGAGUUGCUGAAGAUGACAGCUCAGUUCCAUGAGUCAGAUAUGGCACUGCAGCAGACAAGGCAGGACCUGGGCUUCCAUCAACAGCACAUUGCAGAUCUGGAGGGUCAGGUGGAGAGCCUGGAGCAGCAGGUGGUGCAGCGAGGGCAGAUGCUGGAGAUGUCAUGUGGGAAGGAACAGGAGCAGCUCCAGCAGUUCCAGCUGGUGAAAGACUCACUUGAUGCUGCCACCAACUCCCUGAACCACACCAGGACAGAGUUCAACGUGAUCCAGCUGGAACUGAGCAAGGAGAGGAGUCGCCGGGAGGCUGUGGAGAAAGAGCUGCAUCAUGCACAGCAGCCCCGGGACCCCGAUGCCGACAUAGUUGCACCAGGAGCAGGGUCUGCAAUGGAGGUCCGAGUACAGGAGCUGGAGAAAGAGCUGGAUAGAGUCCGUGGACAGCUAGUGGAUGCUGCCUCAGUCCUGCAGUGUAAGGAAGAGGAGCUGUCUGGGGAGAGGACGGAGACAACACGUACAAGGGAGGACCUGGAGAGGGAGAGGACCACGUCCUGCCAGGUGUCAGCAGAGAAGCUGCAGCUACAUCAGCAGCUAAAGGCUGUCAGUGAGGAGAGGAACAGUUUACUGGAAGAGAAGGGUCAGGCGGAGGAGGACCUGGUGAAGUUGGAGAGUCGGCUGCAGGAGGUGGUGCACAAGUACCAGAUGGAGGCCAGCAAGCAGCAUGACAACUUCAACACAGCUUACACUGAGUCACAGACACCGCAGGACCAACAGAUGCUGUCAGAAGUGAAGUCUCUUCGACUGCUUGUGGAAGGAAGGGAGAAGGAAUCUAUGUCUCUCAAUGAUAAGAUCAGUCGUCAGCAGAUGGAGAUAGGCUUCCUACAGCGCCGCAUCGAGCUACUCCACCAGGAGAACCAGUAUAACCGCGAGGAUGUCCGCCGCCUCAGUAGCCAGCUCCUCCAGAAGAUGAAAGAAAAGACAGCAACAGUGGAGCUGAACACAUACUUGGCCCGAGAGAAGUCGACCCUGCAGCAUGAGAACAAGCAGCUGACCCGGGACGUGGAGCGGGAAAGGGAUAUCACCCACAGGAGGAAAGCUGAGGUGUCAGAGAUCAUCAAGAAGAUGGAGAAAACUGAGACAAGUCAGCGUGGCACUGUGCAAGAGCUGCAUGAGAGACAAGGCCAUAUUGCCAGUCUGGACACAGAUUUACGCCAGGCCAAGCGGGAAAACUCCUACCUCGAAGCAGAGAACCAACAGCUAAAGUUGAAGGAUGACCAGCUGAAGGUGGAGGUCCAGAAACUGACGUCCAUGAUUCACUCGCUGGAGAACAGGCUCGAGAUGGAGCAGGCAUCGCUGGCUGGUGAGCGGAACAACUAUACCAAGAAGAAGGAGGAACUUGUGUCCACCCAACAUAAGUUAGAUACACUUCAGCGUGAAUACAAAAUGCUUCUCAAUAAUCUGGAAGCUGAGAGAAGGGGCUAUGAACAACUCAAGGAGGAACUAUCAUCAAGUGAGGCAUCGGAGAAGACCCUGCGUGAACAGUUGAACUCGCUCCAGGCUAACCAUGACAGCCAGCGCGGCCAGAACCUGGCUCACAGGGACAACCUGGAGCAGCUCCAGAAGGAGAAGACAGCGAUCUUCCAAGACUACCAGGAUGUGUGUCGCCAGCUUGGGGAGAAAGAGAAGAAGAUGUAUGACCUGCGGGAUGAGUGUGGGCGGCAGGUGGAGGUGGUGAGGAAGGAUGCAGCACUACACCAGACCAGGAUGAACCAGGAACACGAGUCCGUGGACAGAGAUCUGAAGAUGUACAAGGAAGAGAUCAAUGAGCUCAAUGAGAAGCUGAGACAGAAGGAUGUGCAACUGAACGCCUUUGGUCGUACGCUGACACAACUGGAAGAUGUCACUCGAGAGAAGAAGGCGUUAGAGGUGAAGCUUGAGAAGAUGGAAUCUGCUGGUGAAGAAACCAAGAAUCAGCUGGAUAGCAGCAGGACUGAGAUCUUAGGAAUGAAGGAGACCCACUCUCAGCUACAGGAGAGUUUGGCAAAGACUCAGAUGAACUACCUCAGUGCCCAGGAGCAGCUUCGGACUCAGACGGAAUCCACCUCCGGCCAGGUGCUGCACCUCAAACACACCAUCAGUGAACUCAAGAACCAGCAUGAAGGGGAGCGGUGUCAUCUCAGGGAGGCUCUCAACCAGGUGGGAGUUUGUCUUGGGACUAUUGUCAGAAUAUUGAUCGAAAUGAACUCAAUGCAGACAAGAAGAGCUUGGGAGAGGUCAUUUGAGGAGGUUAAAACUCAAGUGGCAGAGGAGGUUAUGAACAGAAAGCUCUUGGAGCAGAAGUCAGAAUCACAGAAGUCCCAUCUCGAGGACACAAAGAAAAAGAAGCAAAGCCUGGUAGAGAAGACAGCUGAGCAGCUGGCACGACUGGCCAGAGUUGAGUCGGAGCUGCAGCUGGAGCGGGAAAGAGUAAUGACCUUGACCAGUCAGGUGCAGGAGCUACAGGCGAGUCUCCAUGGCAACCAGUCAGCUGCAAAAGCUAAGCAGGAGCAGGUUGACAUUCUUCAGAGAGAGGUCGGCAAGCUCCAGCAUCUCCUGGACUCCCAGAAACAACAGCUGGGAAGCAAGUUCCGCAAGGCCAAUCUGGACAUCAAACAACAGCUAGAGACAAGUGAAUCGGAAAAGACGAAGCUGUCCCAGGAGGCACAGCAGCUGUCGGUGCAGCUGGAGCAGGCGCGAGAACAUAUCGCCAUCAAGAACAAGGAGAACCUUCGGCUGCAGGAGGAGAUCCUGUCUCUGGAGGAACAGGUGCGGGAGAACUCCUCCCAACUGAAGCAGGCCAUGGACUCUCUGCGUGUGGAGGAACAGAUGCAGUCAGAUCUCAGCAGCCGGUUUAGCGAGCAGGAGGAGGAGCUGAGGAGACUCCGCACAUUCCUGGCCAAGAAGGCCGAGGAGGGAAGUGGGGGCGAGAACAAGGGCAUGUGGCAUGAGAUGAACCGAGUGAUCCAGGACCUGAGUCGACAGAUGCAGCAACACCUGGACUCCCAGAAAUCCAGUGACAAGGAGGCUCGGGACAGGGAGAUCAAGUUGGCCAACAGCUUCAAGAAGCAGGUCGCCACCCUGGAAUCUGAACUGAAGACGGAGAGAGCACUACAUCAGAUCACGCGGAGCUCGCUCAAGUCUCAGGAGGAUGACAACCAGAGGCUGAGGGACCAGAUGUUUGCACUCAGACGCAAGAGUAUCUCCCCGGAGAAGAAGUACAAGAGUCGCAGUGAGGAAAUUAAUGACUUGAUAUCCCGCUCUCAGUCUCGAGCCCAGGCCAUACUGUCCUCCACUGGAGCAUACACCGAUGGGACGCUGAAGAAUAUCAGUCCAACCAAAGACUACAAUGUCAACUCGAACGACCUUGACCGGAGCCAGUCACCAGACACUGCCUCCCAGAUGAGUGACAUCUCUUGUGGCAGCAACGGUCCCAUCUACCUGGCUUUCCUCAACUCCUCUGGAACCUGGCAGACUCCCGGAAGCGGUAACGUCACACCCAGGAAAUCCCCGUGAUGAUUUCAAAUGACCCUGUCCCGUUCCACAAGCAGCCAUAGACCUACAUACUUCCAUCAGUAAAGGCACAAAUUAGUCAUUUGUCCAGAUGAUGAUAGGAACAGAGACCCAUUUCAAACUGUAGUUAUUUCAACUGGUCCAUCGAUACCUUAACUGGUAUGGAUUUUGGACUGGACUAAAGGGCCAGUGACAGUUUGUAAGAACAUAUUGGAGGUGGGAGUUCAGUACUGUAGCUCAAUGAUCACUUUGUGGAACUUGAGUCAGAAGUCUGAACUUCCAUAGUAAUGAAUGCUAGGAGCAUCGGUAACAUUAACAAAUGUAUCUUAUUAAUGCAUUUGAUAUCAUUCAGACAGAUAUUUUACAUUUGUGAAGCUGUGCACUCAUCCUAAGAUGAAGAUUAUGAGGGAAUUACUUUGCCAGAAAAUAUGUUGUUUGUUCCUUUGUUCUCUGUUUCAUGUUACAUUGUUAGCUGAUUUUAAAAAGUCAAUUUUAAAAAUGUUGAAAUAGAUCAGAUGAGAUGAUGUCAAAAUGUUAAUGGUGCUUUUGCAAACUUUUCUAUUGAAAUGCACAUAGUUUGGAUGAAAUCCAACUAGAUUUUCAAAUAUUUACAAAAUACAGUCAUUCCAGUGAAGUCUUUUAUGAACCUAAUUGAAGUCAACCGAAUAUUGAAGUCAUGUUUUUGUUCAUUCCGUCCACUAUUGCCAGAAGCUGUCAAUAAUAUUGGUCAUCUUAACUUGGUGCAAAUAUUCUGUUUAAAUUUUAAUUUUCAAUUCUACCAAAAUGUUCAACAGUUAUGUUCCAAGGUAAUAUUUAAUGACUAUAAUUCAUUAUACUUUUCAAAAAAUGGAUUACAUGUUUAAUGUAAAAUUUUACAUGCCUCAUGCGUAUGUGAUCUCUUAUAUCCUAGGUCAGUAUUUGUUUUUCUCAAAUCUUGCUCCAUCAGUAAAGAGUUGUUAGGUGAAUAUUAUGUGGCAUAGUUACCUGCCGUCAGGACAUUGCAGUGUGGUACCAACACUAUGGAUCUCAUGAUAGUCUCUCAUUGUUCCCUGAUGGUGGAUAGCUGUUGUACAUUCAUAGAACCUGUGAUACAUUUACCAUUUAUCUAUUAUUUAUUCAUUCAUUUUUGUUAUACAUACGCUAUCUAAAUGUUUAGAAUGCAAACAUUGUUUUAGUGUUCUCUGCCUAGCUGUGAUCACUCUUAUCAUUCCAUCAGCAUAAUGUUGGACUGUGUAGUCCUUGUCUACAUUUUUAAUGUCCUCACUAACUGCCAUAAUAGAUGUGUAAUAUAUUAACUGUACUCUUGAAUGUGUAACCUACAAAUGGACUGGGGUGAAGAAAACAUUGGUUCUCAGGUAACAAAUUGGUGGAUGGUAGCAGUAUGGUUUUCAUGGUUAACAACAUAAAACUACUUUGUUAAUGUUUUGCAUCAAAAGAUCUUUGAUGUGAGAUGGGAACACAUCUUUUUAAGACAAGACAAAUUUAUGUGGCAAGUUAUGUCCCAUAGUUGUGCCAGGAUCUGCUGAUCAUAGCUCCAAAUCCCUUUUUUGUCCUCUAUAGUUUAUGGUUGGUCAGCAUUUAUGUCAAUAGACAACACCACAUUGGACCAAGAAGGUUGAUAUCACUGAAAUAAGAUAAAAUGCUAUUUACCCCUGAUGCAAGAGAACCCAAGAACCGAUAUGAAUCUCUUGUAGCCUAUCGUCAAGUCAUUGUUUCUGUAAAGUAGGGGGCUUAUGUUUAAAAAUGUUGUGACUGUUUACUAUUCCCUGCUCAUAGAAAUCAGAUUUGUGCAUUCCAAGCAGAUGUUGUUUUUUAGAUUGUUUUGCUCAUGUUUUAGUGCAUAUUUGGCAUGUGCUGUCCGUAAAUGUUACAGUGUCUUCUGUAUAAGGUUACGUAAGUUGAUGGUGCAACAACCAGUUCACCAGUUCAGCCCUGCAGUAACAGUUUCUGUAUUCAUGCAGAGAGAGAUGGUUGGUGAGGAAGGCUUAUGCCCUGUGAUGAUGAGGUUGUAUCAGAGUAAGGGAGGCACAACUGAUAGAUACAGCAGUGAUUGUUUGUGAUGGCUAAAGAGACCUGACCACACACACUGACCAUCUGAAUCAAUCAGUCAGUGAAUCUAACCAAUCAGUAGUGAUUGAGCUCGUCCCCUGGGUCAAUUAAUCUUUAGCCCAUCUCCACCAAGGUAUACAUGUAUUGUGGAGGCUGUCAGGCAAUCCGUUGUUAUUUCACUAGAGGUAGUAGCUCGGUUCUUCUACCUUGUAUAUGAAUGUAGUAAGUUCUCUGGCACAUAUCAAACUGUGGUUUUAUAGUCCAUGUGUCGAAAUUCAUCUUUCCAGUUACGAAGUUUGGUGCUAAGAGACAAGUUUGUUAGUUUGGAUUGUCAUAAACCUAACAUUGAAAUGGUGCAGACAGAAAGAUUUGCUUUUGCAAAUGGUUUACACAUGUGCUUCCUGUUACACAACAGUGUAAACUGGUCCUUUUUUUGUUAUUUGAUUAGAGAAUAGUGUGUAGAAUGACAACAAUCAAAAUAUACCACUGAUAUUAUUUGGGGAACAUGUUCCUCACAUUGUAAACCAACUAGUUCUCAGUUUGUCAUGGUUGAUUUACACCAUCAAGUCAUCUGAAAGUUUCAGGAUAUGUUUCUGUGAAACUCCCAACAAUGCCUACAUUAUUUGAUUGAAAUAUCCAGCAUUUCUUCGCAGGUGGAUGCAGAUACACUUCACAUAUUUUUGUUCUCUGCAAAAGUUUCAUUUAUAGUUACUUGUCUAAACUAUGCAGUCUGAAGCGUCUUUUAUUAAAUAUUUUUGUGUAACAUCACACUGCCAGUGUGUGUGUUUAGUGCAGUUUUGUUUAAAAUAUUUGCAUUUUACUUAGGCAUGAAUAUGUUGAUCCAGUUUGUGAAGUUUGUAUUGAUUCACAAAAAAGUUCAGAUUGAAAAAUAACCUCUUCAGUGUCAUGAUUCUUUUGUGACAUUUUGUUCAGCUAUACUUAACUUUAUUUACUGAAUGAAAAAUACUUAUGCUUAAAUAUGUAUUUCUGUAUAACUGAUAUUAUACUUAACUUUAUACUGUAACAUAAAACAUAUAAACUUACCUACCAAGUGGCAGACCGACUCCUGUGUGUAUCCUGGUGUGAUGUAACAAAGUCAAGUAUAUACAGCUAAUCUAUACAUAAUACUCCAUAUCCUUUCCCAUAUAAAGGUCACAUUUCCAAACAUCUGUGAUCUUUUAUUUACAUUGUUUUGUUGACAUGUUCUAUCCGUCCUGUGAUCUGUGGGUAGCUGCAAGGAAGGUUCUAUCAUACCUCCUUACCUUGCAGGCAUCUUGGUGUUCUAACAUAAUGUGUUUCUUAUACCAUGCAUAAGCUGCCAAUGUUGGCUUUACGAAUGUACUCAACGUAACACAUGUACGCUAACUUACUCACCUUCUCAGGAAUAAAGUCAUAAACAUG